UCCUCUCCCAGGCCCGAGCCAUGGCAACAGCGUGACGUGGGGGUACCGAGAGCUGCGGUAGCAGCGAUCCCGGCUUCAGUUCUAGCCUACCCGGCAGCCUACACGGGAGCAAGGCGAGAGGUGCUGCCGCCUCCCGUCGCCCCUGCGCUCGGAGGCCCCCAACCAGCCCGGCGGCUGCCUCUUGCUGCUCCUUCUUUGGAGUGAGGAGGGCGCAGCCGGUGUCAGAAUUUAGAGGGGCGGGCAGGGUCGCGCGCAUGGCCUGGGCGGGCUCGCGGCGGGUCCCGGUUGGGACGCGCGCAGCAGCCGAGCGCUGCUGCCGGCUCUCCCUCCGCCCGGGCACGCGCCCGGCCCCGCCCCCAGGCCCUCUGCCACCGCCGCCGCGACCAAUGAGGUUUCUGACCUCCUGCAGCCUCCUCUUGCCUCGGGCUGCCCAGAUCUUGGCGGCUGAGGCUGGCUUACCGUGGAGCCGUUCCUUCAUGGGAUUUGCUGCCCCCUUCACCAACAAGCGAAAGGCUUACUCGGAGCGUAGAAUCAUGGGGUACUCAAUGCAGGAGAUGUAUGAAGUGGUGUCCAAUGUCCAGGAGUAUCGUGAGUUUGUGCCCUGGUGUAAGAAGUCUCUAGUGGUAUCCAGCCGUAAGGGUCACUUGAAAGCCCAGCUGGAGGUUGGCUUUCCACCUGUCAUGGAACGUUACACCUCUGCAGUUUCGAUGGUCAAACCUCACAUGGUCAAGGCUGUUUGUACUGAUGGCAAGCUCUUCAACCACUUAGAGACCAUUUGGCGAUUCAGCCCUGGUAUUCCUGCCUAUCCUCGAACCUGCACUGUGGACUUUUCGAUUUCCUUUGAAUUUCGUUCUCUGCUGCACUCCCAGCUGGCCACCAUGUUUUUUGAUGAGGUUGUCAAACAGAAUGUUGCUGCCUUUGAGCGUCGGGCAGCCACCAAGUUUGGUCCAGAAACAGCCAUCCCCCGUGAACUGAUGUUCCAUGAGGUGCACCAGACUUGAGGCACGGGAUUGUUCCCUGACCUCCCUUCUACCCCACUUCCCUUCGCAAUUCUCUUAUUUAUUUGGUUUGGCUCCUGCUCCAAUUUGAAAGGAGUCUGUGUUCGUAAUACUGUUUCUCCUCUCAAUUCCCCAGAAAUUGGGUUCUAUGCUGGCUGGAAAUGUUAGGGGAAAGAGAAGGCAAAGGAUGUGGAAAUGAGAGGUGCUUAGGAAAGGGUCAGGCCCAUCAGAGGAGCACCAUAUGCCUGCAGCCUUUUCACUACGAAUUAGAAUAAGGACUAUGUGGUUGUCUCUGGGCCUUAUCAAGACACCUUAGUGUCUGACCAGGGGAAGAUAGUAACUUUUCUAAGGAUUGAAUAAAUUGAGCUUUUCUUCUGGCACAGAGGUACUGAGUGGUAAGUAACUUUUACCCUGCCUGAGAUUCCUCAGGAGAAAAGGCAACCUGCCUCCAGCCUGAGAUACAUAAAGCCUCAUUUUAAGACUGUAAGUCCAUGCUGCCUGGCUACUAGAGAGCAAGGGGCUUUCUUACCACCAGUGCUGAGGAGAAAAGUACUGAACGGAAACGGAGUUGUCUUUGUACUCUUGAGUUGUACCUUAUUCUUCCACUUGGCCUGAGUUUUUAUAAAAUUUCAAUAAAUUGUAACAGUGUGAAUUUGGCUUUAUUAUAUUGUUUCUUGGGGCAAUAAUGUAGAUAUAAUAGAGUAGAAGGAAGUUAUGGCUUCUUUUCCUGGGGGAGUGAAGGUGUAAGAAGGCCUCUUGGACACAGUGUCCCUGCUAACUAUAGUAGCACAUUCUACAAGCCAGGACCUAGUACCCACCCCCUUGCCUAUUUAUAGACUUUUUCAGAAGGUCAGUUGCAGCAGGGAUCUCAGGACAGAAUCAUCUGGUCUCGGACCUCCCAUAUAUGUGAUGCCCUCAGGACCACCUCUUGUUAUUUUUGGGACCUCCUUCAGGGAAGCUGUAAAGAACAGGCACGCCAAGAAGUACCAGAGCCCUCUAGUGGCUCUGGUCCUGAGGUAGCAGUACUAGCCCAUUCGUCCAUGGUACAGUUUGUUCCUUUCUCAGUGGGCUAGACCAGUUCUUGGAUUAGUCACAUAAGCAAUUAAGAGUCUCAGCUAUAGCCCUUGAGUAUGUUACCUUAGACAAAAUUAGCAAAGUUAGGGGCUAAACAUCAAGGACUUCCUAACCUUGAGGAAGGACAGAAACCUCCUUUGGAAAUCUCUCAGGGAGGCUUUCCUCUGGUUAAGGUAAAAGAAAGUCAAACCUGCCUAAAGAUAAAUGGAUACAGAUUACUUAUAACCCACUAAGUUCAGGAUCUUGCUAGCUAGAUUCUUUACCUCAUAAUAAAGAUUCUUUCUUCCAGGCCUUAUUUAAUAGUAGGCUCAAGCAUUGUUAAUAAAAACAUUUAUUUUGCAUUUUAUACAGAACAACCUGAAGUCUGCAUCAUGACUUGACAUUUACCCAGGGGUUUACAGUGUGUCCAACUCAACAGUGUGGUUCUGGGACUGGGUAUCCACACAAACACAGGCAGGAGUUUGGAGGAAAGAUGGGGGCACAGCAGGAGUGUAUCUCAAUCCUUUCUCAAAGAAGAGGAAGUAGAGCAU